AUGGCUCAUCUCAUCGAAGCUGCUCAUCGGCCACCCAAACAUUUAUUCUUUUACGGCAGCAAACGAGAAUAUGAUUACUUGCUCAAACACUACGUAAAUGAAGGCGGAAACGAAGAGGAUUUUGAGAAGGCUCUUUCUCAGUCCUCCACAAUUUAUGUUGAAAAUUUAAGUUUUUAUACAAAGGAAGAACAAAUAUAUGAAUUGUUCGAAAAGUGUGGAGAAGUUAAAAGGGUGAUCAUGGGACUCAACAGAAAUACUCAUACGCCGUGUGGAUUUUGUUUUGUUGAAUUCUAUCACAGAUCCGAUGCCGAGGAUUGCGUCAAGUAUUGUCGUGGGUGUAAACUAAAUAAUCGUGCAUUGAAGAUUGCGAUCGAUACAGGCUUUUUCGAAGGUCGACAGUACGGAAGAGGAAAGGAUGGUGGAAUGAAACGAGACGAUUACCAAAAGAUGCUCAAGAAACGAGGAGGUGCUAGAGGAAGAGGUUCGCGUGGUGGAGGAUCAUAUCAUGACUCUUCUUAUCCUUCAUCCGAUAAUUAUUCUCACAGCAGAGGAUCAUCAUCUUAUUACAGCGAUCGUGGUGAUCGUGGCAACUAUGGAUAUUCUCGAGAUGGAGUACCACCUUCAACAGAUUACCACGCAAGACACCCUCCAUCCAAUGUUGACGGGUAUGAUGCUUCUUCUCCAGUAACAGCAACCUCUUCAUAUUCAGAUUCUCCUUCAAGCCAUCCACCAUCUUCAGCUGGCAGAUAUGGACCACCUCCUAGGUCAACCUCUCCCACUUAUGGACCAAGAACCAGCACACCUCCUCAACGUGGCAGUAGUGGAAGAUCUUAUUCAUAUUCCAACAAUAAUAGAUAUCAGCCAUACCCAUCUCCAGUACGUCACGACUCUCCUCCACCUCAGCCACAUUCAAUUCCACCACCUUACUAUGGAAGAAUUCCUCCUCCUUAUUAUGGACAUCCACCUACUUAUGGUGGUCCUCCACCUAGUGUUCCAAUCGAAAUUCCACCUCCUAGAGCACAAUCAACUUACGGAAGAAGUGGACCAUAUAUCAAUAACCGACCUCAAUAUGGAAAUUAUGGAAGAACAACAGAUAAGCCUUCUGAUAAAUCAACCUCACGUGAUCAUUUUGAAAAUCGUCCUAGAGAAAGUCGAGAUUAUGGCCCUCAAUACGGAAGAAACACCCGCUAG